ACCAUAACGUUUCUGAAGGACACGGUGUUUACAAAUUCCGCGUUCGGGUUCUGUUUGUUUGGCGGAUGGCGCGAGAAGAAAACCGCCUGUUUUCGUGAAAAAUCGGUAAAAUCGUGAAAUUACUGCGAGUGUGAAUUCAAUCUGCCUUCGAUAUUGGAAAAUCAUCCCCGUGCCAAAGCGAAAUGGAAACAACAAAAUCCAACAAGGCGGCAGUUGCCGCCGCCGCAACCGUCGCUGCCGACAACAGCGACGGAAAGCAUCUGCUGCGCGGGUUGAUCCUCCGAGCGGAGGAUGUCCUGGGAAAGCUGAUCUACAAGCUGGAGAAAACGCCGAUUACCCUGGCGGAGAUGGUGUCGAUGAUCAACUCGGUGCACGCGUUCGUGGAUGCGUGGGAGAAACCGCUGGAGGACAUCCGGAUGGACAUGUUGAACAUUCCGGGUGUGAGCGGGGCGGGAAGCCACCAGGUAGAGCAACUGCUGCAACAGGAUGAAAAGAAGCUUACGGAGAAGGUCGGCCAGUUCAAUCUGAAGAUGGAGAAGAUGGAGGAGACCAUUGUCGACAUUUACAACGGAUUGGAUGAAUCGGCCGAACCGACGUUCGAAUUCUUGGAGCAGUCGUUGGAGAAAUAUAAACCCAACCACAUCGGACAAUGUGUGAUCUCGUCCGUCGGCCCCGGCCAGCGCAGCUUCUGCAUGGUGGACCGUGAUCACCCGGACGGUACCAAACUUUUCGCGGCAAUGCAAAGUAUGAGCUGUGCUCGCAUCUUCCAACUGCCUCCGCCGGGUGAAAUUUUCGGAAUUUUCCUGGAGGAUUCGGUGUUCCGUGCCGUCCGUAACAAACCCACUGCUCACAGUCCUUCGCGGAAGAACUACAUCCGCUUGGUGGAUACCGGCGAGAUCCUCCCGUACGAUAGCGCCCUGCCCAUGUGUACCCUGUCGGAGUACUACCGCCGCAUUCCGGCUUUUGCCAUCCGUUGCGUACUGGUCAGCGUAAUUAGUGAUCCCUUCUGUCAGGAUUUCGACCGGUUUCUGAAGAAAAUGUUAGGCACCAGCCUGCAUUUCAAGGUUAUUUCCACCUCGUCUUCCGGGAGGAAAUCCCUUUUCGUCGAACUCAGUCAACAUCCGAUCGUGGUGCGCGAUAAACCGUCGUCAACGACUUCCUCACCGGAAUCAACCCCUCCCAACAAAGGGAAACCGAUUUUUGGUAGUCGAAACCGCUCUGGGCCGCUGUUCAGCCCAUCGCCACCAAAACCGCCUCGAGCGGACAUUUUCGCGGUAGAUUCCGCCGAACAGAACAACCCAUUCACUAGUAUUCGAUUCCCCUCAGUGUCGACGGGCGAAUCCAACUGCACCAGGGGACCUCACAACAAAAAUGGCCUGAAUGCAGGCACAGCUGGCGGCGCGAACACUAAGAGGAUUGUGCCUCCCAUCGGGUCACAUGUGAUGCUGGUGCCAAAGUUCAUCCGUGACGUUGGGCACAUGUGGUGCCACGUGGUCAAGGCGGACUACGUCAAUCCGGACUUUCGCGAGAUGGAGCUACGGAUGAACGAUCCAGAGUACGCGAUGCGGUACCGGAAACUCCAGGGUAGACCACAAAUGUCCCAACGUGUGUUCGCCAAGUACGUGGACAAACGAUGGUACCGGGCGGAAGUGAUCCGAUACUUCGACGAGCGUAACGUGCUGGUGUUCUACGUGGACUACGGAAACUCCGAGAUGGUUAGCCUGGAAGAGGUACACGAGUGGGAUAAGACGUUCGGCUAUCUUCCGUACCAGGCGGUGCUCUGUAAGUUGUCCAAUCUGAAACCGGCGAAACGGUUCCACGUGCAGGCUGUGGUCGAACUGAAUCGGACGUUGCUCAACAAGCGUGUGGAGGCGCAGAUUGUAGACAACUCGAACCCGUGGGAGGUAACCAUCUACGAUCAGGAUGGAUUCGAUGUUUCCUGUGGAUUGGUUAUUGCUGGCCUAGCCAAACGGAUCAAAGAGGACGACGAGCAGGAAGCGGGGCAGGAGGCCCCGGCGGGAUAAACGGGAGUUCUGGACAUUGAAUUGAUUGACGUUGUGGUAAACGUUACAUGGGAAUUGAAAUUCGUAAGUCGAAAUAAUUUUCUGAUAGAUAAUGGUGUCAUCCUACCAUAACGCGAUUUAACAUUUUUAAAACAUUUGUCUGUAUAACUGGUUGAACUGAAGAGAACACAACACGUAAUUUGACGUGUUUUUAAUUGUCCUGUUUAGCUUUUAGUUUGAAUUUAUGACAAAAGAUCGAAAUACAGAAGGUAGAAGUGUAAAAUUUGGAGAGACAAAAGGCCAAAAAAUAUUUACCCUUUACUUCCACUCCUCCGGUAGCUGUUCUAUUUUCUAGAUCCUCACGACUAUCAACCGGUGCGACAGAUGGCCAACUUUUUAGUAGAUAUUCCUGAAGGAAUCCAAGGAGGAAUACCUGAAGAAAUCCCAGGAGGAAUUCCUCAAGGAA